UAACAAGAAAAUCUAAUAGCCAGGUUCAGUUCACCCAUCUUUUUAACACCUGAAGGAUGAAAUUCUCAAGGAAAGCCAAAGGAAAGAUUGGAGUCAUCGAUCCUUUUGCUAAGCGUCACAUAACAUCUUCCCACGGUGUUCCUUUAGGUGGCGUUGGUGCAGGAAGCAUUGGAAGAAGUUUUAAAGGCGACUUUCAACGUUUGCAGCUCUUCCCUCUAGCGUGCCAAGACAAACCAGUCUUGGCAAAUCAGUUUUCUCUUUUCGUUUCACGUCCAAAUGGUGAAAAACAUUCAACCGUCCUAUGCUCAGGGAAGCCCGAUGUAUUGAAAGAAAAUCCAGCAUCAGGGAUUAAAUCAUGGGAUUGGAAUAUGAAUGGAGCAAGUUCUACGUAUCACGCAUUAUACCCCAGGGCUUGGACAGUAUAUGAGGAACCUGAUCCAGCAUUGAAAAUAGUUUGUCGCCAGAUUUCACCUGUUAUACCCCAUAACUACAAGGAGAGCAGCUUUCCUGUAUCCGUUUUUACUUUUACGCUGAAUAAUUUAGGCAAAACAACAGCAGAUGUCACCUUGCUUUUCACAUGGGCUGUAAGUGAAAUGUUUUUUGCUGGCUGUUUACUGUUACAGUAUGUUGUUUUGAAUACUUGUGCGUUUUGUUGA